AGAUAGCAGCCAGCUGGCCCGCGGUUCAGCAGCUCAGAGCUGUAUCUGCCUUUGGGGGUUCUUCCUAGGAGACUGAAGCCUGCGGCAUGGCUCAAGCGUUUGUGAACGGCAAAAUCCAGUCCGGGAAGGUGGUUGUGUUCAUCAAACCCACCUGCCCCUACUGCAGAAAGACCCAAGAGAUCCUCAGUCAGUUGCCCUUCAGAGAGGGGUUUCUCGAAUUCGUGGAUAUUACAGCCACCAGCAACACAAGUGAGAUUCAGGAUUAUCUGCAACAGCUGACAGGCGCCAGAACGGUCCCCCGGGUGUUCAUCGGGAGAGACUGCAUCGGGGGCUGCAGUGACUUGGAGACAUUGCAGCAGAACGGGGAGCUGCUGACCCGGCUGAAGCAGAUUGGCGCUCUGCAGUGACUCCAGAACAGACCCCGUGCUGCUGUCACCCGUGAGAGCUGGAUGACAUCGAAAAGAAUGAUGGUACUUCCUGGUGACGGGAUUUUUGAACAAAAUCAGCUUUUUUUUUUUCCUUCUUCUUUGCCUCAAAAAGUAGACCAACUUGUCCCUCAUGACAGGGCCAAGAAGAUUGAUGAACUACUGUGGGUUUCUUCUGGGUUUGCCCCGUAGCUCCCAGGAGACAAUGACAGGUUCUGGUUUAGGAGUCACUCACUGAUCCACACGAUCUUUCUCUUCUGCGCAUUUCUAACAAACUCUUCUCCGAGGGCCAGCACCUCCAGCUCUAAGGCAAUGUUCCUCAGUCAUGUGUAUCCAGACACCCCAUCUCCCAGGAUGCAUCUACAGUUGGUUUUCUUUUGUUUUUGUGGGGUUUUUUCUUCUUUUUUUGUCUUGUCUUUUUGAGAUAGGGUUUCACCAUGCAGUUCAGGCAGGCCUUGAACUCAUUUUGUACCCAGGCUGGCCUCGAACUCACGGCAAUUCUCCUGCCUCAGCCUUCAGAGUGCUGGAAUUACACGUGUGUCCCACCGUGCCUGGCUAUAGUUGAUUUUCUGCUAUUGCUAUCAGCUGAAAUUAUUCUGAACCUGGCUCUGAGUGAUGAAAUUGGUGACUAUUUUGAACAUUGUUCUUCAAACCACACGCAUGCACUCUCCUAUCCUGUCUUCAGAAUCACAGCCAGAACCCAUCUUCAGUGUUCCCCAAUUUCAUAGAGGGUGUGAGCGCCCCAUGUGAGAACCUAUAUGAAAAAAUUAAGUCUUGAUUCUCACUUGGUAGUCUCUGGGCCAUGUGGGUGGCGAUUUGGAGCAGACGGUACAGUCACCUGGCAACGCCGUUACAUACAGAAGCUGUGUACUAAUGCUUUAGAUUACCAGAGAUAUUAAACCAUGAAAUGCAAAACAAGAUUGCAGAAAACUUGCAGCCCCCACCCUAGAAUAUAUCUAAGAAAGAAGCCAACUUUGAGAAACAUAAUCCUAAGUAAUUCCUUCUAUGGCUCACACACCUUAAAAAUUACUGUGAAAUUUGUGUUCUAUAAUUGCAAGAUCAAGUUAAUUUCUUUCUGUGGUCUCCAGUGAGGACAGUUAGUUUCUCUUCUAAUAAAGCAGUAGCUAUGAUGUGAUUUGUAUCUAGUUUUGUCCACAUUCUCAAGAAUUUUUUAAGGGAUAACAUUAAUGUGAAAUAUACUGUCUUAAAGUUUUGUGUUUGUCCCUGCCAUUAUAAUAAAGACAUGUGGGUCAUUGUUUACAUAUAA